UAAGUUUACCUCCACAUCGUCAGGCGAGCUGGUCUCACUCCCUGCGUCUGAUAUUGCCUUACCGGAGCUGAGCACAGGCGACAGAGAUCGAUGGUUUCCCUGCUCAUACCGCUGCUGGGCCGCGUGGCCGCCAAGGCCGGCGACGCGCUGGUGGCUGAGCUGCUGCGGGCGUGGGGGUUGGACAAGUUUCGCCGGAAGCUGGAGCGCCACCUCGCCGCCGUCCAGUGCAUCCUGCUGGAUGCCGAUGCCAAGAGCCGCACCAACCCCGCCGUCCGCCGGUGGGUUCAGGACCUCAAGACCGUUGCGUACCAAGCCGACGAUAUCCUCGACGGCUUCCACUACGAGGUGCUGCGCCGCCGUGCCGCCCACUCCACCGCAUGCAAGAUGAUGAGCUACUUCACCGUCAAUAGCCCGGUUGUCUUUCGUCUGUCCAUGAGCAGAAAGAUGAAGGAUGCGCUCGAAAUUAUAGAUGACCUGGUUAUGGAGAUGCACAAAUUUCAAUUCCUACAACAUGCCGAGACACCAAGCGUUGAUCAUCCACAAACACACUCUCAUGUUGAUGAAUCAGAGAUUGUCGGCAGAGAAGAUGAGAAGGAACAAGUGGUGAAGAUAUUGCUCGAUCAUUCCCAUGACAACAUCGAUAACAACAAUAUAACGGUGCUCCCCAUAGUUGGUAUGGGGGGAAUUGGUAAGACCACGCUUGCUCAACUUGUGCACAAUGACCAGAGGGUGGUGCAUCAUUUUGAGUUGGUCUUAUGGGUUUGUGUCUCUGAUAAGUUUGUUAUCAAAGAAAUAAUCCAAUCUAUAAUACAAGUGGCCACGAUGAACAUGUGUGGCUUGACCAAGAUGGAGGCCCUGCAGAAAAAACUUGCUGAAGUGUUGGUCAAUAAAAGGUGCCUCCUAGUUCUGGAUGAUGUGUGGAAUGAAGAUAGAAAUAAAUGGGGUGAUAUGAGAUCAUUGCUAAACUCGCAUGCUGGCUUAGGUAGUGCCAUAAUUGUGACAACCCGCAGCGACAAAGUUGCUUCUAUAAUGGGCACACUUCCUUCACAUCAGAUAUCACUUCUAAAUGAGUAUGACUCAUGGGAGCUUUUUCAAAGAAACACAUUUGGAAGGGAAGUGAAACAACAAUGGGAGUUGAUUUCAAUGGCUAAGAAUAUUGUCCCCAACUGUAAGGGAUUGCCUCUUGCUAUCAAGAGCAUAUCAACUUUACUUUGUUCGAAGCAUCACAGUGAGUGGUUUUCUGUUCUAGAUAGUAAUGUCUGGAAAAGUGACAUCCUCACUACUGGGAUUGUACCUGCACUACAGCUAAGCUAUGAUCACUUGUCAUCAGAAGAAAAGAUAUGCUUUGCCUUUUGUGCUAUUUUUCCCAAGGAUACCCUGAUGGAUAAAGGCACCCUAAUCCAGCUAUGGAUGGCAAAUGACUUUAUUGCAUCCGAAACAAGAGGGCAGCAAAUUUUUGAUGUGCUAGUUUGGAGGUGUUUUCUCCAAGAUGUGAAGAUUAAAGAGAAUGAAUUUAUCUACAGGCCAACUACUUGCAAGAUGCAUGAUCUCAUGCAUGAUCUUGCUGACUCUGUAAGUGGAAGUGAUUGCUACAUUUUUACAGAUUCUUCAUGGCAUCAAGCAAUCCGGGAUGGACUCAUAGAUCUCAGUUCACUACAACAUGAGGUUCGGCAUUUGUCACUUUAUUAUGCCAGUUAUAUUACUAUUCCACGCAUGGAGAAAAUUCUAGUUCCCCAGCCCCGGACGAUAUUAGAUCAAAGGAAGCUAAAGUUCUCUGAUGAGACUUAUAUGUUGCCCUGCAAGUCUGUUAAUAUUGCCAUGUCAAAAUUCGUGUCCUUACGAGCAUUGAAAACAUUCUCAACUGAGGCAAAUAUGACAAGCAUGAAGCAUCUUCGAUAUCUAGAUUGUUCUUAUUCUGAUAUAACUGCAUUGCCUGAAGCCAUUACCAUGUUGUAUAGCUUGCAAACAUUGAAGCUCAUCGGUUGUGAAUACCUUCAUAAAUUACCAGAAGGCAUGAGAUAUAUGAGCAGUCUUCGGCAUAUCUUCUUAGUUGGGUGUAAUAGUUUGAAGCGCAUGCCACGAGAUAUUAGUCAGCUGAAUUCUCUACAAACAUUGACAAAUUAUGUCAUCGAUAGUGAUGCAGGCCGUGGAAUUGAUCAACUAAAAUAUUUGAAUCUAGGUGAUGCUCUUUCUUUGACUGAGGUGAGAAAAGUGCACAGUGCCGAAAAUGCUGAACAGGGCAAUUUGUCUGCCAAGCAUAAUUUGAAACGAUUGUCACUUGAUUGGUAUGGACCUUUUAGCACAAGCGAUGGAGAUGAAGUAGAUACUAAUGCAGAAGUAAUAUUAGAGGCCCUUCGUCCUCACAGAAGUCUUGAAGGUUUACGCUUAUCUAAUUAUAGCGGUGCAAAAUUCUCAUCAUGGAUGCACAACUCUACCCUAUUAGAACAACUCGGUGAACUUUUUCUGAGUGGAUGCAAGAAUUGCAAGGAUCUUCCACCAUUAUGGCAACUGCCCUCCCUCAUGUACUUGGGUUUGAUUGGCUUGGAUAGCUUGACAAGUAUAUGUGUUGGUAAUGAUGAUAGAGAGAAUGGAGGGUCUUGCAUUUCUCCACCACCCUUCUUUCCUAAAUUGGAAUAUAUGGAAGUUAAUAGCAUGCCUAAGCUAGAGAGGUGGCACCAGGAGGCGGCGGUUGUAUCAUUCCCUCGGCUCAAGGAGCUAGUAAUUUACACAUGCCCAAGGUUGGAGACACUACCGGAGGGACUCCUGCAGCAGCUCCCAGCCGUCGAGGAACUACAUUUGACAAACUGCCCCAAGUUGUGUGGAGCCUUCGGAAGAGGAGGCGCUUACUGGGAUUUGGUUGAAGCAAUUCCGAAGAGAUGUGUUUGGCAAACAGACAUGUUGGUCGAGAAUGCUUAGAGUGUGUUUGUGCCUAUGCCUAUGUAUGUUGAGUAAUAACCUAGCCGGACUUGAUGUCAAAACUGAAAAUCACUUGUGCUUGUAUGUAAAUAUGUUAUCCUUGAGGCUUGGGAUAGCCAUUAGUAAACUUGUACCAUUUUCGCAGACUUGUGUGCCUAUCAAUGUAAUGUUCAACUCAACGUGAGGAAAGAGGGAAUUGCAAAUACAAACA